AUGGAGACGGGGGAGGGGUGGAAGGAUAGCAGCGAAAGGCGAAGGGGUGAUGCAGCAGCAGCAGCAGCAGCAACAGCAGCAGCAGCAGCAGCAGCAAGAACAGCAACACCAGCAGCAGCAACAGCAGUAACAACAGCAGCAAAAGAAGAGACAACAACAACAGCAGCAGCAACAACAGCAACACCAGCAGCAGCAACAGAAGCAGCAGCAGCAGUAGCAGCAGCAGCAGCAGCAGCAACAGCAGCAGCAGCAACAGCAGCAGCAGCAGCAGCAGCAGCAGCAGGCAACAGCAGCAGCAGCAGCAGCAGCAAGAACAGCAACACCAGCAGCAGCAAAAGCAGUAACAACAGCAGCAAAAGAAGAGACAACAACAACAGCAGCAGCAACAACAGCAACACCAGCAGCAACAACAGCAACACCAGCAGCAACAACAGCAACACCAGCAGCAGCAGCAGCAGCAACAGCAGCAGCAGCAGCAGCAGCAGCAGCAGCAGCAGAUAUACCUGCUGUAUAGCUGCCUAUACACCACAGCAGAAUCAAAGAAGAGCGGCCUCCUCUCAUCAUUUGCCUUAA